ACAAAUAAACAAAAUAUUAUUGUUUAAAAUUUAUCUUUGAACGUUAAUAUUUGAUUGGCAUGUCUUGAAUUGGUGUUAUUAAAAUAUUUUGGAGUUAACGGCAAACUGUAGGACUAAUUCUGUAUUCAAUAGUUCUAAAAAAAAUGGUUACCUCAUACUACAUUAUGAAAAUGUGUAAAGCACGAAAUAAUACAGAAUUAUCUGACCAUUUUGCAAACUUACAUAAAACUAGACCUAACGUGAAAACAUUAUCCUGUCGAAUAUGUCUUCAAGAUGGCUGUAUUUCGCUUUACGGUAAAGACAAUAGCUCGGUAAUAAGAGAGAGACUGCAACAGCUCUGUGAUAUUGAAAUUGAUGAAAACGACAAUAAUCCCAAAUAUCUCUGCUCUAAUUGUUACAAAUUUAUUAAAGAUAGUAUAUCAUUUAAACAACUAGCUAAGCAGACAGAGAGUGUUUUAAAACAGUCCGUCAAACAAGAAUUGAAAUUAGAUGAUUCCCAGGACAUACACGAUUUUACUGACUACGAAGAAAAGGAACACAAUUAUAUUAUCCCACCAGACAACAUACCUGAUACCAAGCCAGUUAGAAGUAAAAAUAAUGUUGGCCUUAAAGUACAAUGUAAUAUUUGCAAUAAAAUUGUUAACAAGUCAUAUUAUAAAGAGCACAUGACAAUGCACGAUCCAAAUCAUUUUAAAUAUGUUUGUGAUGUCUGUGGGAAGUCAUUUAGACUCCGCUGUGCAUAUCAUAACCACAGUUUACGUCACAGAACAGAUUUCCCAUACAAAUGUCAAUUCUGCCCAUACAAGGGACGAUAUGCAGAGCUUUUGAAGAAUCAUAUGAAAGUUCAUAUUGGGGACUAUCGAUACAUGUGUACAGAGUGUCCUGCACGAUUUUUAUUCAAGAGCAAUCUUAAUCGACAUAUGUUAAGGCACAAGGAACCGCAGCAUAGUUGUGAAACUUGUAAAAGGUCAUUUCACACAAAACUAUAUCUGCAAAGGCAUUAUGAAGCUGACCAUUUGGGCAUCAGGAAUCAUGUGUGUGGUUUGUGUGGCAAGGCCUUUGGCUACAGAAAUGCUAUGAUGAAACAUCAAAGAAAUGUCCAUAAGAGAGAAAAAUUGAUGUUUUCAAGAAUGCCUUCAUAUUUGUUGGGAGAAAGUCAUGGAUAAGAUUAUACAAUUUCGUGUAGUUGUGUACACUAUUUAAUUAAUUGUUUUAUUUAUUUAUGUAU